AUGUCGUCGUUAACAUCCAAAGAAAUACAUCAAUUAUCAGAAGAAACUGGCUUUAGCAAAUUAGCCAUCCAAGAUUGGUACAAACGCUUUAUUUACGACUGCCCCACUGGUAGUAUCUCAAAAGAACGAUAUUUGAAUCUCUAUCGUUCAUUUUAUCCUCGUGCACGUAACUCCGACACUUAUGCUCAAAUCUUUUUUACAGCUUUUGAUGAAGAUCGUGAUCAAGCAUUAAAUUUUCGUGAAUUUUUACGCGUCGUUGCUGUUACGCAAGGUACUGAUGAGAAAGCCAAACUUGAAUUAGCUUUUAAAGCCUAUAAUCGUAAUCAAGUCGAGACUAAUUUACCACGGAAACAGCUACGUACUAUGAUUAUUGCGAUAUUAGAUCUUGCUGAAACUUCUGAUGAAGAUGAAGAAGGUGGAUAUGAAGAAAAACGCGAGAAAAUUAUCGAAUGGACUAUGAAGUGUCUAGGUUUGGAUGAGAAAGCUGACAUUUCGAAGCGUGAAUUCAUUCGUCGAUGUCGAGAUGACGUGAACUUAUACGAAUUUCUCUCAUUUCGAUCUGUACCAAAACCGAACUGUCCAGAUGGGGAUUUGAAAGGAAAAGAAAAAUACAAAAUUUCGAUUACAACAGGCUCCGAAGGAAAGAAAUUAGCUCGAAGUAAAUCGUCCGGCACUGACGCCAAUGUUUACCUAGUUCUUCAUGGUGAAACGAGUAGUUCCGAAUCCAUUCAUCUACAACACUCUCAAACAUACAAGGAUUCAUUCGAACAUGGUCAUACCGAUAUGUUCACACAGUUUUUGCCUGCAUUAGGAGAAAUUAAAGGUGCAACACUUUGGCAUACAGGUGACAAAAAUCAAGGAUGGUAUGUCGAUAACAUGCUAAUAACAAAUGAAGCAACAAACACGACGACAUAUUUUCCUGUCCAACGUUGGUUAGAUAGCGACGAAUAUGACAAAAUGACAAAGGUCGAAUUGAUUCCCAACCAACCACCUGGUUAUGCUGAAGUGAAUGACAAUUGA